UACAGAACCAUGCCGGGUUUGUGUAAUCUGCACUGGACUGUUUCUGAGAUUAAGGAUGUUGUAGCACUUUCCAAUGGCCAAAACACUGGCACUGCUGCAUUUGCUUAAGAAUUUGGGAGCCCAAGUCCUUCCAUCGCUUGUAGUGUGUCCGGGUAAGCGUCUAUGCUUUCCCUGUCUUAGGACGUCCAGUGUUUACUCUCUCAGUCAAAGAGUAUGUAACACAACACGAGACCCACUUUUCCUUGUCGCUGGACCCGUUCGCCCUUAUCAAGAGCUCCUAGCCAGUGGAAGAUGUCUUUCUUGGUUGCCCCACCUGACUUCCGAUGAGGAUCGGACAUUUACAAACCGCUUGUCCUUCUGUACAACAUCCCAGCAAGUUCUACGUCUUCUGCAAUCUCACCCUGAGAUCUCGGGUGCAGCAUCAGCUUCUGUCCUGCACCAAUUGGCUGACUUGGAACAGGAUGGUGCCUGUGGUCUUAGGAACCCACAAGUCCUGCUGUCAGACGUGGCUUUGAACAAACUUUGUCACAAACUUGAGCAUGAGUCUACCACGUUGGAGGAUGAAGUGGUGGUUCGAGCUCUGCUGGGCUGCACACGACUCUACAUUGACCCUUGGAGUCGCCUGGUGGUAAGGCUGGUGUCCGAGAGUCAGGAGAGGCUGGACUCGGGACGGUUAAGUGUUGAAGCACUCUGUGGGUUAGCGAGGGCUUUAUUUGCAAUGGAAGGGCCUGACUGUGGAAUGCUAAAACAGGCUAUGACGCAGCUUCAAUAUAAAGACCCAGCACGAUGGAACACAACACAGCUAGUGGCUGUUUAUUGCACGCUAGCGUCUGGUUUGGGUGAGGAUAGACGCUACUUGGAGCUUCUGAAUGAAAUGAAUGUUCAAGCACUCCGAUUAGCACACAGGAUGGACUCGGUUGCGGUUAGUGAGAUUUUAGGCGCUCUAGUCAAGCUGGGAGAGACGCAAGCAGUGCCACUAGUUAUUGCGCUCUGCAAGCAAGCUGUCCGUCAUGUGCAAAACUUUGCAGAUGCAGAACUGACUGUAGUUUUGUCUGCACUUAUGCACUACGGACACAGCGAUCACUUUCUCGUGGAAGCUCUUGAGCGCCACGUGCCUAAGAUCACCUUCAAUGCUCAAGCAGAAACAGUAACCAAGGUGAUGCAGUUUUUUGGGCGACGACGCAUUUUUUCUCCGCCUGUUUUCAAUGCAGUGGCUGAGAGUUUCAUGUACCGUGCGGAGGAGUAUUCAACGUGGCAGGUGUCACAACAAAUAGUAGCUCUUGGAGUUUUGGGAUACGUGCCGCCUGACGCGGGGAGAUUAUUCCGAAAGGUGGAGUCUGUAUUGCACGCCCGAUUUUCGCAAUUUCAGCCCAAAGCUCUUCUAGAUCUACUGCAUGCCUGUACUCUGCUACAGAGGUACCCGUUGAACUUCGUCUCAAAAGUCUUCAGCCCUUACUUCAUGCAGCAGCUACAGGCUGAACAGGGCAGCGGAAUGGAUCGCACAGUGCUCGCUCAGCUCACCCAACUCUACAUGACUGUGAAGCUGGAGUGUCCGUUCUAUAAUGGUCCACGUCUGUCGCACAAGUUUCGUGUGAAGUCAUUUUUGGCCCCAGGAGAGUCUCUGGAGACUCCGGUGGAACCUCAACUGGACAACGCUGUGAAAUCUGGACUAGUGGAUCUGCUGGGAGCUCGAUCUUACUUUGCUUCUAGAGUACUCACUUCGUAUUGCUAUUCAAUAGAUGUUGAGAUAAAACUAGACGAGGAAGGAUUUGUGCUGCCUGCUCGCCAUAUAGAUGAAGCCUGCAAGAGAAUCGCUGUCUGUAUUGAUGGGCCAAAGCGCUUUGCUGCGAAUGCAAAACAGCUUCUGGGAAAGGAAUCUAUUAAGCAACGACAUCUGAGGAUUCUGGGAUAUGAUGUUGUCCAGAUUCCUUAUUAUGAGUUUGAGAAACUCAAGGACAGGAAAGAAGUUGUGGAAUAUCUUCACAAGAAGAUCUUCCCUCACAGCUACAGACUCAGCUGGUGACUACUGGAUCACCAAAUCCUAUCCCACAUCUAACUUCUAUUUCUCCUGCAUUCAGCGGACUCAACAGGUCGAACUUUUUCUCCAGAAACAAAAACAUUUGAGUUUUAGAUUUAUUUUUAGCUUUUUAAAUCCCGAGGCAGUUGCACAGUUGUUUGAAAUGUGAAUUAUCAUAAUAAAAGCAAUACAUAUUCUUUUGAUUGGCCGUUUCUCCAAACAAACUGCUCACAUUUCUUCUCAUACUU